AUGCGCCCUAACCAGACGGUAUCUGAGCUGUCAAGAGCAAGAAAGUACCCAGGGUACUCAGGAUGUCAAUACACAUGCGGGGGCUUAGGCUGCGGAUGCGCUCUACCUUCCCCUUCAUGCACCUUUUACAAGGUUGCCCAUGUACCCAUUUCGAAGCAAGUAUUUGAAAUAAUAGAAUGCAGAGACUGGGUACCUAGCGUGCAGGUUGAGUUGGAAACAACUCUGUUCGGAAAGACCCAAAAAGGAAGUCUUUUCUUAGAGCCGUACCUCACUUCAAAGUUCUACACUUUCAACGUCACAGCUGUGUCAGUGCAGAAACCAACGUUAUCUUUGCUUGGUAAGAGGUUCGCUAUAUCACAAAAUAGAUCCAUGAUCUUACCGGACCAGUUCGUGGUACCGGUCGAAUGUGCAACCCUCGAAGAGACAACAAUGAAUUUCCAGAAUUGCGUCAAUAAGAUUAUCGUGACUUACAAUCCUAGAUUUCUUAUGGAAACCGUCAACUUUGUCGACGAUGAGAAAUGCAAAGUGGAGCUAAGUUCGUUGACAGGAUGCUAUAACUGCAUUCAAGGAGCACAAAUCACUGCUCUCUGUGAAACGAAAAAUCCCACGGAAGUUGCCGUGCACUGCGCGCAAAACACAUUCGUCAUAGAAUGUGGUCCAACAAAUCCGCAAAAGCGUAGUUAA